AUUUGUCUACGCCGGACUCUAUAGUGACAUUUCGCCGUUUUAUUGAAUUCGGUGAUUUUUUCUAUUCAUUCUUCGGGAAGAAUCAACCAAUUUUGCAGUUUUCUUAAAAUCAACGCAAAAAAAAUAUUUUGCAAACUUUUAUAACAAAAAGGUCUUCUCCAUUAAAAAGAAAAUAAAAAAACUAGCAGAGGCAACAACAACAACAGUAAUAAAAAUACAUAAAGUGUAAUUUAAUCAAGUCACUAAAUAAAUACCAAAGUAAAUAGACAAAAUAAAACAAUAAUAACAACAAAACAGAAAAAAGUGAAAACAAAAGCCAAAGACCCGAGAUCUUAGAAAAUUAACAAGAAAAUAUAAAUAAAACAAAUAAUACUUAAAAAGUAUUUAAAUUUCUAUAAAUUUCGUGGUCAAGUUUCUGUUUAGCAAAAGGAAGAAGGCAAGAAAAAUGGGUGAUUCCGAGAGACAAAGUCUAUUGAAGAAUGAAGAUACUUCAAUGUAUACUUCCGCCUCGACAGGCGCCACCACCAAUGCUGCUGUCAAUCAAGGUGAUGUUGGUGUUGCAGGCCAACAGCAGCCGUCACAACAGCAACAACCAUCAGCGGAAGCUGGUGUGGCACAAUCGAAUGUACCCUUUAUUGGACCCGAUGAAGUACCACCACCUUAUCAGCAGGGUACAGCUGGUGGUGUACCCAUGGUUACUUGCCGUGUAUGUCAGGGUAUGAUUGAUAUAACCUCGAAGCGAGAUCAGCACGUUGUUAAAUGUCUUCAGUGUAAUGAAGCUACACCCAUACGUAAUGCACCACCUGGUAAAAAGUAUGUACGUUGCCCUUGCAAUUGUUUGCUCAUUUGUAAAAGUUCAUCUCAACGUAUCGCUUGUCCACGUCCCAAUUGCAAGCGUAUUAUUAAUUUAGCACCCAGCCCAGUAACACCACCUGUACCCACUAUGCCGGGUAUGUGUCGUGUCACCUGUGGCCAUUGUUCGGAUACAUUUUUGUUUAAUACAUUUCACAAUUCUUUGGCUCGUUGCCCUCAUUGUAGAAAGGUUUCAUCGGUGGGCUCUCGUUUUGCCUGUGGUCGUGGCAUAAUUUUUGUCAUUAUUGGUUUAAUUGUAUUAUUUGCUGGCAUUGGUAUAACUGUUGGCACACAUAAUUAUGCUAGGAAUCUGACGACAUAUUGGAUAAUCAAAGAAUGCCGUGUAUUUUAAAAUGUAUUAGAGAGAUAUUCUAUAAUAAGACUAUGUGUACCUUUUCAUUGCAAAUGUUUGAGUAAUUAUAUAGGUGUUGAACUAUCAGGUUACGUUUAGAUAAAGGGAAUGUGGAAAUUGACGUCUGGUAUUGAUCUUAGGUCGGGUUUCCUUACUACUCAGUUAAACUAGUCUUAACUUGCUGUUAGGUUAAACUCGAAACAAAUUUACACGGACUUUAACCG